UCCUUUCUUUUUGCUCAGCCACCAGUUUUUCCUUCUAAUUCCUCAUACAGACAAGCAUGAAAAUCAUUUUAAUCCUAAUGAUAAUUUCUUGUCUAGGGACAGUUUCAACUAGCCCUCCUCUUAAGUACUAUGACUCAAUCUUUAGCUUUGGGGACUCACUUGCAGACACAGGAAAUUUCCUCCUCUCUGGAGCCAUUCCACAUACAGUCAUUGGAAAGCUUCCGUAUGGUGAAACAUUCUUUCAUCGUGCCACCGGGCGUUGCUCGAAUGGCCGACUUGUAGUGGACUUCGUUGCGGAGGCAUAUGGAUUGCCUUAUCUGCCACCAUAUUUGGCACUUGCUAAAGGUAAUAAAAAAUUCGAGCAUGGAGUGAAUUUUGCAGUUGCUGGAGCUACUGCAGUGGAUGUAAGAUUUUUCUAUGAUCGCAACAUAGGAAAGAUCGUGUGGACAAAUAGUUCAUUGGGUGUUCAACUUGAGUGGUUCAAGAAGCUCAAAUCCACAUUUUGUUCCACCAAAGAAGUGACAGAUUGUGCAAAGUAUUUUAAAAGGUCUCUUUUUCUCGUGGGUGAGAUCGGUGGUAAUGACUACAACUACCCUUCUCUUGCUGGUGCAUCCAUUAUACAACUUAAAGCUCUUGUCCCGCUGGUAGUUGAAUCAAUUGCUGUUACCAUAAGCAUGUUGAUAGAGGAUGGAGCAGUGGAAUUAGUAGUACCAGGUAACUUGCCGAUUGGGUGCAAUGCAGUGUAUCUAACCUUGUUUAGAACAUCAGAUAAAUCAGCUUAUGAUCGAAAUGGCUGCUUAAAAGCGUAUAAUGCUUUCUCCGAAUACCACAAUUCUCAGCUCAAACUUGCCUUGGAGAUAUUAAGACAUAAAUAUCCCCACGCAAACAUUAUUUAUGCUGAUUAUUACGGUGCUGCCAAGACAUUCUUCGACGCCCCGAAGAUUUAUGGUUUUUCAGAAGGGACUCUUGUGACAUGCUGUGGAGGUGGUGGACCAUACAAUUUCAAUGAUUCAGCAAGAUGUGGUCACACUGGAUCAAGGGCUUGUUUGGAUCCAUCGACUCAUGCGAAUUGGGAUGGAUUUCAUUUAACUGAAGCUGCCUACAGGCAUAUAGCACUGGGCAUGGUUAAGGGGCCCUUCACUUCUCCACCUCUAACAUUUCCUCCAUUAAAUGAUUUUUGAAUGAUUUUCUGAAUGUGAAUGGAGAAGAUAAUAGCGAUCACAUUCUUGUGUAAUGACUAUUAAUACUAUUUUCUGUAUCCAAUAAUUUCAUGGACUAUGCUUUCAAUAUAUUUGUUUUUGUUGGAUU